AUAGCCGUUGCAUAUUCUUUAAGUAUGAUCUACUCCAUGAUCAUUGAUAUGUGUGUGAACAAAUACAGUUGUUUGAUAUGGAAAGACCUCAUCGGGACAAGUCAAAAAGUGGCAACAACACUAAUUAAAGUCCCCAAAGAGUUUGUUGGGAAGAAGUUUAUAAACAUUCAUUUCUUUCUCAAAGAGAAUCAUGUGAAGUGUAUAGGUAUAUGGACUCCAACACUUGAUGGGUUCAAUUUAAUAGUAAAACAAAACACAAUACUAGGUCCAAGCGAUUCAGUUUUUUGUAUCGUUUCUUUAAAUGAAGUCGAAACUUUACAAGAGCGUGUCGAUGAAAGUUCGUGUGAAAGUACUUCAUACGACCGUGACAAAAGCGAAAGUUAUUCCUCUUCUAAUGAUGAUCUCGAGACAACUUGUGUCCGCAAAAUUCAACUCCCUGAACACACACUAGCAAGUCGAGUCAAUGAAGUCGACUUCAUCGAAAUGUCUCCCGCCAUCUCUACCAAUCCAUCACGCUCUUCUUCUCCAACAAAAAUUGAGGUUCCUUUGUAA